UCUUAAUUUGGUUGGAUCGCGAAACUUUUACUCGAAUUGGCGCUGCCUAGCCGCAGUUAAUUCGCUCGGCAAAUUGACUCCACACGGAGGAUCGGGGUACACAUAAAAUAAUCGCGAUUCCCGAGGCUUAAUUAUUCUCUACGGUACUUAAUUAUUCUCUCAGCAGUGAAAAUGAGUUUCAAGUAACGUAACAUCCCAGACGAAGACAUCGUAAAUAUCUCGUUUCGCGCCGCUAGCGUUGGGAAGGCUCAACGCGCAAGAUCGAUCGAUUUGCAUUUCUCUUUACGUUGAACUUUUCUUCAAAAUCAAUGACCGAUUUUUGGCCUCGUACGUGCCAAUUUGCGAGAAUAAAUUGUUUCUCUGAUUUGAGAAUCAGUUUAUACAGCGGGGGAUUUUGUGUACGUGGAGAGAGUCGUUUCCUGUACUAUUAUUUACUAUUCCUCUUUUGUAACGGAAUUACUCAUCGCCAAAUCUCGUUCUUCCUCGUCAACGGCUCUCGAGAGGCCUGCCUUCCUCUUUCCUGUGCUAUUCUUACCCGCAGCAAAUCACUUUUUUCACGCAUCGCGUUUUACGCCGAAUGCGAAUUAUCGUAAAUGACGUUCUCGCGAGCGAUUGUACUCGAUGAAAUCAUUCCUGGUUGUUUUCUCGGUUGCCCCUUGGCGGACGACGGUGAUGGUGAAAUCAUCGCCAGUAGACGACACUCCAGUAGAAGGGGUGAAACAACAUUAAAAGACGACUAUGAUCAACAAUAUCCUUAUAUGGUUAACUGGCGGGGACGAAUUCGCGGAUCAUGCCGUCGGUGAACGUUGCGAGAGGUGCGAUUCGAUUGUGGGCGGGCACGUCUAGGCAAAUACAGGUGGGGCCGCCGGUUCGAUUUCGGGCUGAAUAUGCUACGCCAACACCGGGGUCCCUUCCUCUCGAAACUAGACUCGGUGGGUCCCAAACGAGUCUUCCAUUCUUGGUAAAACGUCAGGUAGAAUUCACUUUUGUCAUAGGUAAUAGGAAUUUUAAUGUCGUUUCUGGCAACACGAUGACGAUUCUGUCCAGGGAAUUUCAGGAUAAUGCAUCAACUGCACGUGUGCGAAUUGUGCACUCCUCUUCCAGCGCUGGAGAGAGAAAGAAGUGACGACCGUUCGUUAAGGAAUUUCGAGUUCGUUCGACUGCAAACAUCUCCGUCGCUAAUUCUCACGGGAUUCGCGUCCGAUCUCGCCCUUUAUUCUUUGUACACUUGUUAGCUGGUACUUCGUGGUAAGAAUAAACGUGAUCCCAUCCACGCCGACGUCGGCGGUUGGCGGCGAUUGCAUUGUGAUCGAACGCGGGGCACGUUCCGCGUACGCGCAGAUUUACGCCUCCGCCGGCGCGGAGGCCUCGCAACCUGCUCUCGGUAUAGCUCUCUCCGCGUGACAUCCGUGCGAACACGUUUCGUAUCGUUAUCUCGCGCUCUAACCCACGUACACGACUACUCGCGCGUAGCCUUUUAAGGGCCGAUCGCGAACCCGAAGGUAUCGUCACCUUCUUCCAAUUGUUUCCGCGAUCCUCAGCCCGGUCGUUAGAUCGAAAUGAAAUUCAAAUCGCGAUUAAGCCGGGAGAACAAAUACUUUCCCUACGUCAUACCCGCGUAUCUAUGACAACGGCGGAGUUUUUUUUUUUUUUUUUUAUUCACGCAUCGUCACGCUUCGGGAAGCGACACUUUAUGUUUGUUCUGCGUCAGUCGGCCGCCUACCUCGUUCACCUUUGAAAUCGAUCCUCUCGGUUUCUCAUUACCUUAAUCGUUCUCGUCGCCUGGUGUCCCUCGCCUGCCGUGACGCGACUAUCGUCGCUACAACUCGUCGUUCGAGCCGACGCCCUUUUCAAGGGUACCCAGAAGUAAUACCCGACAUCCCAUUCGAAAAUCUCACACGACGGACCAUUCGUGUCUGCCGCGGAAAAUGCGGGGGGAAUUGGAGGUGUAAACGCUACGUGGCUAGUUUUUCGUGAUCUCCAACGCGGGAGACGCGCGACUCGAUUAGUCUCGGCGGGCCUCCCGAGAUCCCCUUCAAGGUUGAUCGCGGAGGGAGUAACCUCCGCCGGGGCCCCGGGGAGUAAUGGGCCGAGAUCGACUGCGGACCCGUUAUGCGACUUGGCGCAAGAAUGCCGCCGAGCCGGCCCCCGUGUAGCCCGCGCGUUGUGCCGCUCGCGAUACGAUGCCCUCGCGCGCGUGCCCUUCCUCUCCUUCGCUCUCACGGGGGAGAGAACGUCCCUCCUUCCCUCGAAUUUUUCUCUUCCCCCCACCUUUUUUUUUGAUUUUAUGAAGUUCUCUGAAUGUAAUUUUCUGCCUUUAUCUCCUUCAACUGUACUCUCGCCCGCAGAGGACACGCGAGAUCCCGGCUAUAAGCUUAUAGCUGUGGAGAUCUCACUUGUGUAUGUAUAGCUGUUGCGAUAGUCGCGUAUGCCACAUGGGCGAGUAAUAACGCAUAAGCGAUUGCCAGGCAAGCGGCCGUAAUAUCGUAGUUUCGCUCCGUCGCUUAACUCGCCGGUUAAUACCCCGUAGUUAGACGUCUGCAUGCGCGCGGUUCUUCUCCGGGAUGCGCGCAAUCUUUAAGAUAUCGACGCGCAUCGGACAUGCUGUGAUACGCCGUUCCCUUGGACCCGAUCUUCUCCCGAUGAAUCUCGGAUCCCCGAACGCGCGUCCGCCGUUUUGGCAUACCUACACCUCGCGAUAUGAGGUAUGACGUGCGUGCUCCCCGCGAGAGCGGGACUAUGCUCAUAUAAGGCGCGCACACGUGUGUGUGUGUAUUAUGCUCGAGGAUGCGAGAGAGUAAGUUUUUUCUCGGAACGCAUGAUUCAGCACACCCGGCGACAUUAAGAGCGAGAGACCGUCGUCGCCAAUCGGCGUUUAAUGAAUUAACAAGGGCUCGUUCCAUUAGGCGCGGAGUGCGGGAUCAAUUAAAGCCGCAUUCACGGGUCAACGAGCGGCGAGAGAUGCAUUCUCCUCGGUUCGAGAGCCGCAGCCUUUUAAAUUGAAUUCCCGGAACGGAAGAGACGCGUACCGUUAUGGAUUUUUAAUCGAAUCCGAAAACGGAUGGCGAAUUUUUAAUUUUUACAGCGAAGAAAGAAAAAAAGAACCCUGAUUGCUCUCGCGCGUCGAGUGCGCGCGAUUCAGGUUUUUUUUUCUUUCGGGAGUCAGUUUUUAUAAGCCGUUCUCUUCUUUCCUCGUAAUUAUAUUUAACGGUGCCGAGACGAGAAGGAUCUCGACAUCGACGCCAUCGGCUCUUCCUGCGCGCAAUGACGACCGGCGGAACGUGUCGCGGAACGACCUCGCCUAACCGCGUGUCACUCUGUUUUCUUUCCGUUUCUAAUUUCGUGCGGGCAAGACUGACGACCGGCUUCGGCGUGCGUGCGUGCGUGCGUGCAUGUAUGUAUGCAUGUGCGUCCGAUCACGCGCGCGUCCGAGCCGAUCGUGUAUGCGCGUCGCGCCUUGCAUCGCGUCGCGACGACAACGCACCUCUCGUAUUCCGCGCACGCAAUUUCCAUCGUCUUAGGCAUUUAAUUCUGAGCUUCUUCCUUGAGCUCUUUUUAAAUUUUAUCACGCAGAGAGAGAGAGAGAGAGAGAGAGGAGAGAGGAAGGGAUGGGAGAGGGGGAGGGGGAUAAUACGCGUUGCGCGCUGUCCACGAUCGAACGGUAGUGCAACAAUCGCGUCUGCUGGCAGAGCCAGCAGCAGAGCCCCCCUUCGCCACCGCCGCGUCGGCGAAUUGGUCCAUGACGGACCGUCCUGACACACGCACCGACCACACGGCGGGCACCCACGUACCCGUUCUCCGUUUACCAUAUGCGGGGAGUUCGAUCUCGCGGUUAGAGGCGCGCUUCCAUCGUCGCCUUAAGGCCUCCGCCGGUGCCAGGCGUGUGCGUCGGCGCUCAGUCUCCACGCGCCUCGCGGAUCGUCAGUUCGAAAAGGUCGCUCGAUCUGUCCAAUCCGCCCGUCCAUCUGUCCGUCCGAUUUCACUUUUCGCAUCGGUGUGUUCACGGGCCGGGAUGUUCGACGUCGUACCGGCCCAGCCGUAGGUGCGUGUCGCAGGCAUUUACAGUGCUACGAAAUUAGCGAAACGGGGGCGCAAUUGUCUGCCGGUCUGUCUUGCUUUAUUGGGUUUUCCACCUUCGUGUUGUCACUGACAGGGACACGACGGCGAGUCGGGCGUCCUUUCGAGAAUUCACAAAGUGCCAUAUCGUAUAAGAGGUCGCGGGCGAUAUAAAAGCGACUCGCAUUUGCAUACGCGCCGCGCGGCAGAUUGGAAUCCGAAGGUGGAGGGAAUCCCAGGCCGAUUCCCCGAACGACCGAGGGGAGGGUCCGAGAAAACCGACCGCGUUCCAGCCGAGGCUGGUGCACGUCGUGGUAAACAACGACGGACAAUCGGGUGGACAUCGUAGAGACUCGCGAGACUAACUUAACGAACGAAUCGAAUUGAAAAAGCUCCGAUCUGAGAAUUGACUUUGAAAGAGAAAGAGAGAGAGAAAGAGCGAGAAAAUUUGCGAAAAUGUGAAAAAAAAAAGAUCGCUAUUCGCGCGCGAUUGGGAGCCAACGAACGAGCGUGUACACCACGAGGUACACACCUUCGAAAGAACAAGCAGCGCGGUUUUCUACGAACACUUUAAACGUCGAGUGGUGAACGUGAUUUAAACACGCGGAAUAAGCGAGACUAAUCGAGCACCCUGCCGCCGGCUGGUGCUGUCAGGGCGACGGAGAACGGCGUCUCCGGUUCCGCGUUCUCGCGGUGUCGUGAAGAAGUGUGUCAUGAUAGUUCGCGCGUGAGCCGGGUAUGAACGUUGAAACCUGCACCCUCUACUUCGCUGGGACGGCCCGGGGCCCGGAGAAGGACAGAAUGUCGACCCAGGCUUACUACAAGGACCGGCUCGGUUUCGAUCCAGCGGACACCGUCGCCGAGCACCAUCGCGAGCAACGUUCCCAGCACGGUUACGAGGAGUCGCUCUCCAAAUUUAAAGACGAACGAGACGCUAUACAGAAGAAGACCUUCACGAAGUGGGUGAACAAGCAUUUGAAAAAGCACUGGAAAUACGUCAAGACUUACACGUGCCUACACGUGUGCGUCCUUGUGAACAACCAACCAUGCUGUUCCCCCACCGCGAGCAGACAUGUCGGCGACCUGUUCGAGGAUCUACGCGAUGGCCACAAUCUCAUCUCCUUGCUGGAAGUGCUCACCGGCGAGCCCUUUCCGCGGGAGAGGGGACGAAUGCGCUUUCACAUGCUGCAGAACGUGCAGAUGGCCCUCGAUUUUUUACGAUACAAGAAGAUCAAGCUGGUCAACAUCCGGGCGGAGGACAUCGUGGACGGUAACCCGAAGCUCACACUCGGCCUGAUAUGGACCAUUAUCUUGCACUUCCAGAGCUGGCGACGCAAGAUAUCGGAUAUAGUGGUCGGUCAGGAACCGAAUGUGACGGCGCGCGAGGCCCUGCUACGAUGGGCCCGACGAACGACCGCCCGGUAUCCUGGUGUACGAGUGACCGAUUUUACCUGUUCCUGGAGGGACGGUCUGGCUUUCAGCGCCCUUCUCCACAGGAACCGGCCGGACUUGGUCGAUUGGAGAAGCGCGCGUUCAAGCCAGCCGCGGGAGCGGCUCGAUCGGGUCUUCUUCGUUGCCGAACGCGAGUACGGCGUUACAAGGCUUCUCGAUCCAGAAGAUGUUGACACCCCUGAACCGGACGAGAAGUCCUUGAUAACGUACAUUUCUUCGCUCUACGAUGUGUUCCCGGAGCCGCCGGCCAUUCACCCGCUAUACGAUGCCGAGGCGCAAAGACGGUCCGCGGAGUAUCGCGAGCUCGCGAGCUCGCUUCAUAUGUGGAUUCGCGAGAAGAUGGCCCUUAUGCAAGAGCGUUCGUUCCCGCCGACCCUGAUCGAGAUGAAGAAACUAGCGGCGGACAGUACGAAGUUCAAGAAUGAGGAGGUGCCGCUACGAUACAGGGACAAACAGAAAUUGACGCACAUUUUCCGAGACUUGCAAAAGUACUUUGAAGCGGUAGGCGAAGUGGACAUAGAGCCGGAAUUACAUAUUGACAUCAUCGACAAGAAUUGGAAUCGCCUGAUGAUGUUGCAUCAGGAACGUGAGCAGGCUAUCAUAGAUGAAAUUAAACGACUCGAGCGACUGCAACGACUCGCCGAGAAAGUGCAUCGUGAGAUGAAAACGACCGACAACAGACUGGAGGAGCUCGAGAGACGUGUAGAAGACGAGGCACGUAGGCUUGAUCGCCUUCAUCCUUUGGAAGCAAAGCAUGCGGUGGAUCUGCUGGAACAGGACAUACGCAACACGGAAACCCAAAUACAGAAUAUAUUCACCGAUGUACAUACCCUUACGGAGGGCAGAUACAGUCAGGCGGCCGAGCUUCACAAGAGAGUGCAGAAAUUACAUCAAAGAUGGGUCGCUUUGCGAUCUUUGCUGCAUAGGCGUUUGGUACAACCGCUUUCUCUGGUUUCCUUCCCUGUGGAGGAACGCGUUGUCACAAAACACCGCACUACCGUCCACGAAACACGAUUGGUUGAUACAAAUCCACACUUCCGCGCGUUGCACGACUGCAUAGACUGGUGUAAGAACAAAUUAAAGCAUCUACAAGAAGCGGAUUAUGGAUCGGACUUGGUCAGUGUGCAAAAGGAGUUGGAGCAACAUCAGCCAGAGCACAAGAACAUUACUCUGUUCCAAGCCAAAGUCGACAAGUGCGUGCAAGCGAAGAAUAAUUUCCAUGGCGAGGAACUCACGCUGUACAGUCAACAUCUUACCACUCUGCAAAAGCUUUAUGCCGAGCUUCUUGCCGUGUCGAAUAAGAGACUUUCUGAUUUGGAUACCCUACAUGAUUUCAUUCAAUCGGCUAAUGGCGAAUUGGCUUGGUUGCACGCCAAGGAAGACAUAGAAGUCACACGCGAUUGGAGCGAUAAGAACCUCAAUGUGAAGAGCAUCGAGCAAUAUUUCGGGCAAACAUAUGGAUCUGGUAUAGAGUCUUUGAUGAGCGAUAUGGAGAAACGCGAAAUACAAUUUUUGGCAGUGCAAGAUCGUGGUGAGGCGCUGAUUCUUCAACAACAUCCUGCGACAAAAACAAUUGAAAAUCACAUGUCUGUGAUGCAAACUCAUUGGGCCUGGCUGCUGCAACUCACUCACUGCCUCGAAGUGCAUCUAAAAGAUGCCGCGCAAAAUCAACAAUUCUUCAAAGAUAUCCAGCAAGCUGAGCAGUGGAUCUCCAAACGAGAUGAAAUGCUAAACACUACUUAUUCGCAAUCCGAUUUCUCAUUGGACGAGGGUGAACGACUUAUGAAGGACAUGCAAGAGUUGCGCGAGGAACUUAAUAAUUAUGGCGAUCACGUACAGAGACUCGUGGAAAGGGCAAAGGACAUCGUCCCCAUGAAGCAACGCAAGCAACCUGUUAUGCGGCCGUUACAGGUCACUUGUAUCUGUACCUACAAACAAGUCGAUAUAUCCAUCGAGAAAGGAGAACAAUGUACCCUGUAUGAUAAUUCCGGUAGAGUUAGGUGGCGUGUCAAGAACACGCAAGGAGUAGAAUCUCCUGUGCCAGGUGUCUGCUUCGCGCUGCAACCUCCCGAUAAAGAAGCACUGGAUGCUGCUGAAAGAUUAAGACGACAGUACGAUAGAAGCGUUGCUCUCUGGCAACGAAAACAAUUGAGACUAAGACAAAACAUGAUAUUCGCGACUAUCAAGGUGGUCAAAGGUUGGGAUCUGCCGUAUUUCUUGGCGAUGGGACAGGAUCAACGUACCACUAUUAGAAAAGCGCUGAACGAAGACGCGGACAAAUUGCUGUCCGAGGGCGAUCCGGCAGAUCCACAACUCAGAAGAUUGAAACGAGAGAUGGCAGAUGUAAAUCGAUUGUUCGAUGAAUUCGAGAAGCGCGCUAGAGCCGAGGAAGAAUCAAAGAACGCAGGACGCAUUUUCAAUGAUCAAGCGUCUUUACUUCAGCAAGCACUCGACGAUGCCGAGCGAGUAUUGAACACACGCAUAGCUGCACCUUUACCUCGAGACCUCGACAGCUUGGAACAUCUCGUGUUCCAACAUAAAGAUUUUGAACAGAAUCUGCAACGUUUGGCGCCGGACGUGGAACAACUGCAACAGACGUUCCGUGGAAUCACCUUAAAGACCCCAGCAAUGAGAAAUAAACUUGAUAAUAUCACGAGCAAGUGGAGUCAUCUAUGGAAUUUAAGUAGUUUGUAUGUUGAGCGCUUGAAGUGCAUCGAGAUUGUGCUGACCAGUCUCGAGGAAAACACAGCAGCCAUUUCCGAAUUUGAGAUCAAAUUGGCCUCCUUCGGCGAGUUACCAUCGGAUGUGAAAGGUUUACAAAGCGUAUUGGAGGAUUUGAUGGUUCUUCAAAAUGCUAUUGCGCAGCAACAAGUAUUGGUAGAUCAACUGAACGAAGACGCACACAACGCCAGGCGUCUCGUGGAGAAAUCAAGACCAAAUCACCGUGGCCCGCACGGCGACAUGGACAGAUUGGAUGCUGAGGUCAACAAACUAAAUGCACGAUGGACAAAUGUCUGCGGACAAUUGGUCGACAUAUUGCGUAGCGCUGAAACAGCGUAUGGAUUGGCACAGCAGUAUCAGAACUCUUAUCAGAAUGAAGUGGACUUUGUUGAUGAAUCCUACGCAAAGUUAGAACUGGAAAACACGAAGAACUUGUUGGGCAAGGUGUUGGAUCGCACGCCGGCAAUCGAGGCGGUGAAUCUCACGGGCGGCAGACUGAUCCGCGAAGGAAAGAUCUACGGGCAAAGGCUCCGAGCGUUCAAAGAACAAUUGGAAGAUAUCUGCCCGUCGUUGGAUGCAUCGGUGAAGAGGCCGCGAAGAGAUUCCGUUAUUACAGUCGAUAAUGUUGCGCGCGAUCUAGAUACCUUGAACCGAAGAUACACGAAUCUCGUGAACCUGCUUGAGGAGCGAGUCAGGCAGCUAUCAUUACUACAUCCCGAGGACACUUCCCUACAGCGUGUUCUUCAAGAACAAAGACCGCUGCGGACAUUCCGCACGGAGUUCAACAUAUAUGAAAGCACUACUAGCGAGGAGCGUUAUACAUCCACAACCACACACUAUACCCAGUCGCAAUACACAUCCGAGAGGCAUGAGUCCACUGAGACGACUUUCUCAAGCGAGAUCUCAAAACGAAGUUACAACGCGGAGCAGGCCGCGUAUCGUCCUAAUGGCGAGACCACCAGUCCGGGCGCCGUUCCAUCCGUCGGCGCCGGUGGUACCCUGCUCAAGCGCUCGUACGAGAGCAGUACGACGAGCUCCAACAGGCAACAGCAUCAGCAGCAGCAGCAGCAGCAGCACGAGUUCUCGUCCGUCACGGACGGCGGGUUUAGUAGCGAGCUUAGGGAUCUUAGGAGGGUACCGCGGGUUGACGACGCGGGCGUUAUCGGGACGAAGAACGUAAUUGACGUUAGGGGUAUCGUAGAUCCGAGCACUGGCGAGAUCCUGACCGUAGGCGAGGCGAUUCGGCUCAGGAUUCUCGAUGUUAGGAACGGUAGGAUAGUAACGUCGAGCGACAGCAGGACGAGUGUGUCGAUUGAGGAGGCCGCACGCGACGGUAUCAUCGACGCGGCGCUGGCCGAUCGACUGUUAGGUCCAUGCGGGGUGAACGAGGAGGGUCGUCGGGUGUCUCUGCUUGAGGCGAUUCAGCGGGAGCUCUGCGACGCCGAGCGUGCCGACAUCGCGGACCGAGUUAAGGUAACGACAACACGUCGCGACGACGGUGGCGGUAAUAACGCCGCCACCACAACGGGAUUUAGCGUUGUCGAUGCGAUAAGAGAGGGCUUGUUGGAUCCGGUCACGGGGCAGGUCGUCGCCGAAAACGGCGAACGAAUCUCAAUCGAGGAGGCGUAUUCGCGCGGCUAUCUUACCAAGGUGGAUGUGACCGUUAGGGUGACUCGUAGUGCUAUCGCGCUCUCUGAUGCAAUAUCGCAGGGUCUCGUGGAUGAUCGGACCGGCCGUGUUGCCGAUAGAAUUACCGGCGAGUCUUAUUUGUUGGACGAGGCCGUCGACAAAGGUAUUAUCAAUCCGAAUGUGAAAGAGAUCGUGGAUACGAGGAACGACAGCAAAAUAACAGUGACUGAGGCCAUAAAGCGCGGUAUAGUAAAUACUAAGAGUGGUAGAUACAUGCACGGCUUGUCGAUGGAGAAACUGCCGUUCAAGGAAGCUCGUCGUCGGCAGCUGAUUGUCAAACCGAUGACGCUCAAAGACUGUUGUGAUCUGGAAAUCAUCGACGACAAAGGCAAGAUAGCCAGCCCGGCACACCGUAGCAAGUUAACGAUACUGGAGGCCAUAUCCCGCGGCGUCUUAGACUCGGAAAACGUCAAGUCUAUAGUAGAUACCCGAACCGGCGAAAUGAUUACCCUAGCCGAUGCCUUAACCAGCGGUAUAAUUAAAGUCGACGGCACGUAUCGUGACAUGUUGAAGACUGAAGAGUUCUCUAUUCCUCAGGCCGUUGAAAAAGGCCUAAUCACGUCGGUGACUCAAAAGAGUAUCUUUGAUAUUGAUGGCUUCAAGGAUCCGGUUUCCGGCGAGUACAUCAGUCUGAACGCGGCAUUGUUGAAAGGUCUGAUCAGUUCAAAGUCUGGUGGUACCUUUACGACUGACCUGAAAACCGGAAAAACUGUUUCGCUGAGUGAAGCAGAGGAACAGGGUUAUAUUAGACCGGAAGUAUCGGAGAUGUUGAACCGUGGCAUCGGUAUCAUUGAGAACGGACGUGAGACGAGCGUUUUGGAGGCCGUGCUACUUGGAUUGUUAGACCCGAAAUCUGGUCAAUUACUGGAUCCGCGUAACAAGAGAAUAGUGCCUUUGGAGGAGGCGAUUAAGCGAGGACUCAUCACUCCCGACGGUGCCGCGUUGCUCACCAGUCUGUUGAAUAUCGCGGUCACCACGCAGACUGUAACGAAGACUGUAAAAAGAUAUGUAACGACUUUGCAAACGGGCGAGGUUGUUACAAGAGAUUACAAAAUUAGUUACGACGAAGCAUUGAGCAGCGGCUUAAUCGACAAAAGUAGAAAUGAAUUUAGAGAUCCUGAUUCGGGAGUAACGAUGUCUAUUGAAGAUGCCUUCGAGCAAAGCUUACUUGGUGAUGACACUAGCCAAUGCAUUGUGCAUUCACGAGAACACACUCCGGAUUCAUUGCAAACAACUUUCGAAAGCACUUUAACGGCAAGUAUCGGCGAAGUAUCUAAAAAUAGAAGAAGCGAAUCGCCACCUAGAGCAAUUGGCACGGUUACUACUAUUAUUACUAAAGACAUUGCUCCGCGAGCAUCGUCUACGCCAACGAAAGAGUCGUCAUCCUUGGUUACGAUGACGACCGCACCGUCAACAAUGAUUGAUUCUAUUUUUUCUGUGCAAGAUUCGACGUUUAAAGAGAUGUCAUCAUCGACGGAAGUUAGCGAAUCGACCAAAUGGACGUCCGAAAUAACAUCGAAAACAAGUUCACUCGAAGAAACGCAUACAUUGAGUCUUAAAUCACCUUUGCAUGACGAGAAACGAGAUAUGGAAACAGAAGUAACCACAUCAGUAGUUACACCAACUACAAGUUCGGAGAUAAUGAGAUUUAUAGAAAACGAACGUAUUUCUACGGAUAAACGAGUGUUCGAAUUACCCACGGAUGGCUGGACACUCGCAGAAGCUAUCGAUAGAAAGCUAUUUGAUUCUGCUACAGGUCUUUUCAUAAUUCCAGGCACCGACAGAUUAGUCUCUUUCGAAGAGUGUAUCAAGCUGCAGAUUAUCAAUCCGAAUUCUGGCUUCGUUAUUGAUCCUAGUAAUGGAAGAAAGGUAUCCUUAAUGCGAAGCUUGGAGAAGAAUAUCUUAGACUCCACGGGUCACUACUGUUAUCCGCAAAAGAUCUCGAUGAGAGAAGCCAUCGCGAAUGGAUUAAUUAUAUUGAUAGGCGGACCUAACAUAGACAGCGAUAACACUAAUCAGAGGCUUCUUCAGAUUACGAGGGUUUCAGGCAAGCCCGAUAAAGUGGAGUUAACGCGUGUCGGCGAUCCUUCUCAACAAAUGGAGAUAAAGACCAGCGAUGAAAUAUCUACACCAGAUCCAGUGCAAGUAACUCAAGGAGUGAUUUAUGACCCAGGGACAGCCUUGGUGAUUUCUACGAAAACAGGCAAAUCUGCGAAUCUCUUAGCCGCAGUUUCCGAAGGAACGAUACCAUCUACUGCCGUAAUCGUCAAGGAUCCAACAACGGGUAAAGACAUCAGCAUGGCGGACGCUGUUAAUCGCGGUAUUCUGAAUAUUAACACACACGAAUAUAAAAUCGACGAUGGUAGGAAAAUAUCACUGAUCGAUGCAGCAAAAUUCGGAGUGAUAGCUGUUAUCGGUGCCCCUCUUGCGGCUACCGCAGCCGCCAUAGAAGCAGUGCAGAGAACAAUGGUCAAAGAUCCAGUAACAGGCAAGAAAGUGCCGAGAGAAGUCGCCAUUGAACGUGGCAUUAUUCCGAUGGACGAUAAUGCAACUUCACCGAUUAUUGACUCUACAGAUGGUACACCAGAUGAAAAUGAAAAAAAUACCGUAAAACGCGAUGAAUCUGAAAAAAUUCGUGUAUCAAAAGAAGAUACUAAGAGUACAACUUCGAUUGAAUUGUCGAGUGACGUUCCGGAUGGCGAAAAUCUGGGCAUGAAGACCAGAGCGCGAGUAACGGUCGAGCCAAAAUAUCAAGUUACGAUUGGUAAAGCGAGAACACUAUCACAGAGUCCCGAGCGAGAGGCGAAACCUAUCGUUCUACAGAAAAUGCGAAAGAGAAUAGUAAAAGUCGAGGAAGCAUUACAGAGCGGUCUCAUCGAUGUAGAAACGGCCGAGACUUUCGCCAAGAAAAUGUGCAAUGAAAAAGGAGAGCCAAUCACUCUUUCGGAGGCAAUCCGCAAUAACCAGAUAGACGCCAAUCAGGGACAGAUUGUAGAUUCACAAAGGAACGAGAUGCUAAGCAUUAAGCAGGCUAUUGAUCGUGGAAUUUUGGAUUCGGAGAACGCGCAUAUAUUGGUUCCUUUGGCGAAAAGCUUGUCCGUGCAUAGCUUAUAUAAGCAAGGCCUGUUAGAUCCUUUAGAAGGUAAAAUCGUCCAUCCAGAAACGGGCGCGCAUCUUACUCUUAAUGAAGCUAUAGUUUGCGAAAUAGUGGAUCCUCUAUCUAACUUAAUGUUUAGUGUCGAUGGUCGUACGGAAACGUUACAGUCCGCCAUUGCAAAUGACACUAUCGACGCAGAAAAAUUGUUGGUUAAAACGCAGGACGGUAGUGUAAAUCUAGUCAAAGCAGUAGAAAACAAAGUGUUUCAGUUGAAGGAACCGGCCGAAUCUUUCAAUAUACCGCCAGCAGGAAUGACAUUCCCCGUUGCGCUAAAACGAGGAUUGAUAGACAUCAGCAAAAAAAUAAUACGUCAUCCAAUUACUGGAGAACAUUUACCAUUAGAGGAUGCUAUAAAGACAGAUUUUAUUAUGGCGUUACCAUAUCCAAUGGCUCCUGAUAGUAUCGAAAUAACGAAAGCUUUGGAAUCUGGAUUGAUCGACAGAGACAACGCUGUAUUUUUCCAUCCCACUACAGGAACUCCAAUUCCAAUUGUUGAGGCUGUCGAAUCUGGUUUGCUUAUCAUCAAACCAUCGGAUUGUAAUGAAAACACAGCUGCUAUCACUGAAACGAUUACAUCAUAUCACACUAUCACGACUAAGACCGUUGAGCUUUUGCCAGGUUAUGCCUUGAAGAGUGCGAUGGAAGUACAAGAUAUUAAUACUGGUAAUAUUAUUACUAUUGAAGAAGCUCGACAAAGAGGCAUUAUCAAAGACGAAUCUGAAACUAAACAGGAAUUCACAACGAAAGACAUUAAGAUGUCCUUCGAUCAAGCGGUGGAGAAAGGAUUCGUAGAUAUGAACGAGGGUACUUAUACUGAUCCUUGCACUGGAACCACAAUGCCCAUUGCUAAAGCUGUUGAGGAAGGAAUCCUUGAUACUUCAUCUAGCAAGAGCGAAUCUGUAACAUCCAAGAAAUCGCCCAAAAACAGUUUAACUGUAUUAGAAGCGAUCGAGGAAAUUUAUGACGAAAAAACUGGAACGUUUAAAGAUCCCGAGACGAACGAAUCUUACAAUUUAACAGAAGCGAUGGAAGUAGGCUUAAUUGAACCUGAUUCCAUUCUUUAUAAUGUCAAAACCAAAGAAUCUAUCACCACCAAAGAAGCAGUAGAACAAGGUAUGCUCGAUCCUGUCACUGGAAAAAUGAAGACCAUGCGAGAUCAAAUGGAUCGUCCGAUUAACAUAACAAAAGCUGCGAAAAUGGGUCUCCUGGCAGUCGUAGCAGCACCAGUCUUGGCUGGAAAAGCAAUUGUCGAUGCAAUUUCAAGUCAUAAGUCUAAAGAGACAAAACCAGCCGUGACGAAAUUAUCCGCCUCAGCGAAGAAGGAAUCAAGUCCGCCUGAAAAAAUUAUUUUAGAUCAAAUAGAAAAAUCUCGUGUUGAUUCUCAGAAUGAAGAUAAAAAGUCGAGCACGAUGGAAAUACAGAAAGCGAUUUCAGAUGCAAGAAUGAUAGAAGAGAUUCAAAUUACAGAAAUGGAGGACGAUAAUCAAUUGAAGAGAAUUACGAACGAAGAAAGGUCGAGACAUAUUUCGAUAACCAUUACGAAAGAUUUAACGCCUCAGAUUCUUGCGGAAUUUGGAGUUUUUGAUCCUGUAAAAGAAAAAUUCUUGGAUCCGGAAACGGGUUCUGUCACUUCCUUUAAUGAUCUGGUAUUAAACCUGAAUGUCUUCGAUCCCGAUCGAGUACUUGUUAAAGAUCUGUCGUCUAAAACGGACUUGUACGUAAAAUUGCGCGAGGCAAUUAAUCGACCUCUUGUAGAUAGAAACGUCGCUUAUAUGGUUGAUCCGAAGACUGGUAAAAAGAUACCGUUCUUCGAGGCAGUGCGAUUGGAAUGGAUUAAAGAAGAACCGGAAGACGAAGUAGAGGGAGAACAGUUCACAGGAUCACAGACUUUAGGCUUGCAAGAAGCUGUCGACACUGGCAUGUGUAAUCCUAUCACAGGAACGAUUCGAGAUCCAAAAACGGGAGAAACAUUAUCCAUGAGUGAAGCUAUUGACACGGGACUUAUUGACGCUGAUAUGCUUGGUAUGAGAAAUCCGAUUACGGACGAAAUUGUGCCAUUUUCCGAAGCGCUGGAAACUGGUACCAUAGAUCUUCGCAAGGAUGUUGUCAUUAAUACAGAAACGAAGACGAAAAUUGAUAUUACAUCCGCGUUUCUGCGAGGUCUGAUCGUGCCCGUUUCUCGCAAGCCAAUCUCGCUAGAAGCCAUAAUUAAGCAAGGUCGCUACGAUGCCGAGACUGGAAGAAUAGAAGAUCCUCUAACUAAACAGUCGAUCGAUGUCGAAGAGGGUGUUCACAGAAGCAUCGUCGAUGCUUUUAUUACUGAGAUUGUUGAUACGAAAGCCGGAAAGUCUGUCUCGUUAGACGAUGCGCUGACGAUGAACUUGUUGAUUCCAAGUACAGGUCGGUUGCGUAACACGAAAGCGGGAGAACUUCUACCCUUAGAUGUAGCGCUUGAUAAAGGUUUGAUUAUUACAACACCGGUUGUGCCUUCACUGAUUGACGCGAUUGUUCAGGAAUACUAUUCACCAAAGACUGGCCUCGUUCUGAAUCCUAUGACGGGUGAAAAUUUAACAUUGAAAGAUGCCUUAGCCAUUGGUUACGUUAACGGUUCCACCACAGUGGUAAAAGAUGAUAGAAAAGAAAGCGUUAUUCCCCUAAACGAAGCAGAAGGAAGCAAACUGAUAGAUUUAGUAAGAGGAACAUUGAAUUAUCCACAUUCUAUGACAUUGGACAUCGCUUUUGAGAAAGGAUACAUCUUGAGUACCGUGAAACCAUGGACAUUACAAGAAGCUCUAGCUCUUCAAAUUUACGAUCCAAAAUCCAGUACUUUUAAUAUUGAUGGUAAUAAUUGUACUUUAGAAGAAGCAAUCGAUAAAGGGUUUAUUAGCAAGGACAGCCCAUCGAUUAAAGAUCCGAGAAACAACGAUAUUAUAUCUCUGGGCGAUGCUAUUAAGCACGGUUUUAUCAACGCUAAGACCAGUAUGGCAGUAGAUCCGUGUACCAGUGCGCCUCUUUCGUUAACCGACGCAUUGGAUCGCGGCUUUAUAGUACCAGCGAAACGUAAAAUAUCUCUGCCAGAUGCUGUUUUUAAAGGAUUAUAUGAUCCUAAGACCGGGCAAUUUACCAUACCUGACACUCAAGAAAAGCUUCCUACUGAUCGCGCGAUAAAAAUGGGUGUGAUAGAUACUACGACUGCGAUCGUACGAGAUCCUAACGGUGACGUAAUAACAUUCAAUAAGGCUAUUAAAACAUCCGUAGUCGAUCCAAAGUCUGGAACAGUUAGCCAUGCUAGAGGACCACCUGUAGAUUUCCAGGAAGCGUUAGAACGUGGUUUGCUCCUCGAAACAAGAAGACCAAUGAGUUUCAGCGAGGCAGUUUUAAAAGGUAUUCUUGAUGAAAAGACUAACAAAUUUUUAGAUCCACAAACAGGUAUUUAUUUAACAGUAAUGGAAGCCAUUCAAAAGAAUCUAAUAGACGCUGACUCGGUUACCGUCAAAGAUACGAGGUCUAGUAUUUGGAAAACUAUGACACUAAUGGAAGCUAUACAAUCAAACUACAUAGACGGCACUACUGGCUACCUCAAAGAUCCAAGCAAGGGUAACAGAAAUGUAUCUCUGAGGGAUGCCUUUGAAUCUGGCCUCAUUGUUGACAAUAGAGCCGCUGUUUCUUUGCAGCGUGCCAUCCAUCAAGGAUUGUACGACGAUAACACGGGCAAGAUCAUCGAUCCCAGUACGGACAGAGCAGUAACGUUACACGAAGCGAUGAGGAAAUGCAUAAUCAGUCCCACAUUACCAUGCUACUGGGACAAACGUGGUGAACGUUUGUUGUCAUUGGCGGAAACAUGUCGUGCUGGUGUAAUCGAUAGACGUACUGGUAUGUUUAAAGAACCAGGCACCAGUGGUUCGGUCUCAUUGUCGAUUGCAUUGCAGCUCGGUCUUAUCAUCGACAUAGAGAGUAUGGGAUUCGGCCUAUACGAGACAAUAUUAAUGAAUAUGUACGAUGUUUCUUCGAGUAAAUUUGUGCAUCCAACCAGCAAUCGCAAGCUAACAUUGGCCGAAGCAUGUCAAAUAGAUCUAAUAAAUCCUCUGAUAUCGAUCGUUAAGUGCACUAAAUCUAACAGAUACAUGCCAUUAACUGAAGCAAUUUCUUUGGGUAUCGUCGAUGAUAUUCGCAGCAUGUAUAUUAUUCGAGAGCUUGACAAAGCGAUUAAUCUGCAAGAAGCAGUGAAAAAAGGUUUUAUCGUCACAUCGAAGACGCCCCUCUCGAUCGAGGAGGCGGUCAAGUGUCGUCUUUACCGUGGUGAUAGUGGCAAAUUCUCUAAUCCCGUUAUUAAUGAAUAUCACGAUCUGCUUCAAGCAAUCAGCUGUGGUCUUAUAGAUCCUGAUACCACCGCCUUGAAAGAUGCGACAACCGGACAGAUCAAGUCGUUGUUGGUGGGUAUCGAGGAUGGGACGAUUGAUGUGUCCCGUGGAAGAAUAUUAGAUUCCAAGACAACGCGCGCUUUUAAUUUUGAUGUAGCUUUGGAAAGAGGCUUAUUGGUCACGAUUGACAAACCUCUGGCGCAACAAAUAACACAUAGAUCACCCUUAGAAGCCUCCAAAGCUGGACUUAGUGACAAAAAUAUCAAAGAAUGCACUUUAGAAGAAGCGAUCAAGUACCAACUGAUCGAUCCGAACACGUCGGUUGUGAAAGAUCCUAGAACCGGUCGAUUUGUGAUAACGGCAAGAGCAAUUGCAGACGGUGUCAUUGAUCCUUCCAUCAAAGGUACGAUUGAACUGAACGGUGGAACCAAGAGGGAACCGCGUUUCGUGCGUUUCGGUGACGUCAUUGUAUUUGUUAAGGAACCUAUUACUUUCGAGGAGGCAAUCGAGAAAGAGUAUCUAUCGUUGGAAUCGGGCAAAUUUACAGAUCCGAUCUCGAACGAACAAUUGACUCUCAAGGAAGCAGUCGGUCUCGGUAUCGUAGACUCAGACUCGGCGUUGAUUAAAGACUCGCAGAAGAAGAAACUGGUAAAAUUGCCGGAGGCGUUCCGUAAGGGCAUGAUGGACGCGGAGAAGGGCAGUGUAUUGGAUACUGCCACGUCCAAAUUGUACAGCUUGUCUAAGGCUCUGGAAACCGGCCUAUUGAUCACUCCAAAAAAUGGCGUUUCGUUCAUCGAAGCGCUGCAGUUCGGUCUUUACAAUCCGACCACGGGUGGCUUUCACGAUCCCUUCGUUGUUACUUUCGUGUUAGAUCGUAGACGCCUCACGUUGGCGGACGCGAUCGAGUCGGGCCUGAUUGAUCCAUCCACCACCGUAAUCAAAGAUCCGUUCACGGGUAAUAUCGCGAGUCUGUUAGAGGCAGUGAAUAGUGGGAAGAUAGAUUCCGUAGGAGGCAGAUUAAUCGAGGACACUGACGGCAAGAGUAUCGACUUCGUGAGAGCCUUGGAGCGGGGCUAUAUUCUCGCCGCUGAAGCCAGGCAAGCGGUGGAGGAGAAGUACAAACUCUGUGACGAAACGUUGUCUAAGCUCCUGCAAUGGAUCUCUCAAAUUGAGGACAAACUGGCGGAUCAAGAUACCGUCAAGGAAGAUGUAGAGCAAUUGAGAAAACAGAUAAUUAUCAUGAAAGAGAUAAAGGAGGAUCUUGAAUCGCACAGUCGACCCGUCUCAUCCUGCUUGGAUCAGAUUCGACAAGUCGUCUUGACUGGUAGCAACGUGUUAUCUAGUGACGAAGUGUCCACAUUGGAAAAGAACGGUCGAUCUCUGAAGACACGAUUCGACAAAGCGUUAGAUCGCACUGACAAAUUAGUGAAACGUCUCAUUGGUGCCAGAGAUGAACUAACGAAGUUCAAGAAUGAGCUCACGACGUUCUCGAUUUGGUUGGACAAAGCCAGAAGCGUGCUCGAGGAUAAAGAGCGUUCCUUGACCGAUCUGAAUAAGCUCACUAGUAGUACAGACACCACUCGUGAUUUUAUCAGUGAUGUUAUCGCUCAUCAAGCAGAUUUGAGAUUUAUUACAAUGGCCGCACAAAAAUUUGUUGAUGAGAGUAAGGAGUAUCUUCAAGUUCUUAAUGACUUCAGGACCAGUUUACCACAAAGAUUGCCACACAAAGAACCCACAGCUAGUCAAGAUUCGCCAAUACGAGCCGAAGUAUCGAGCGCGACAGCUCGAUACAAAGAUCUACUAUCUCGAGCAAAUCUUUUGUCGGACAGAUUGUCAGGAGUCGGUGGCAAACAAAGAGAUUAUCAUGAUUCUUUAAAUAAAGCUAGAACAUGGUUGAGAGAUGUCGAGCCGAAAGUACACAGAAUUAUUUCUGAACCUGUUGCUGCGGAGCCAAAACAAGUAGAGGAUCAAUUAAGCAAGGCUAAGGCAUUGAAUAACGAAUUCCUCGCUAAUGAACGUCUAAUCGACAACGCUAAACACAGCGUUGAAGCUUUGUUAAAUUCGUUGGAAGGCCAAUUAACGAUCAACGAGGUUAAUGAGCUUGAAGAACCCGUAAAGGCAUUAGAAGAUAAAUACAAACAACUGAGUAAUGCUCUGGCUGAUAAGUGUCAGGAACUUGACACAGCGUUAGUGAGAAGCCAAGGAGUGCAAGACGCAUUGGACAGUCUGGUUGCAUGGUUGAACAACGUUGAAAGUCAAUUUAAAUCUCUGCAACGUCCAGCAAGUUUACAAAAGGAACGCUUGGAAGAACAACAAAGAGAACAGCGAUUACUUCAAGCGGAUUUGGAUAGCCAUCGUUUGAGCGUAGAAACCAUUACAAGAAAUUCUCAGGAUCUUCUCCUAAAUUCAAGUAACGUUCACAUUGCCAAACGUAUUGAGAGCAAACUGAAAGACGUGCAAAGCAGAUUUGAGAAACUGAUGGACAAGUCCUUGAGGCGCGGUGAAUUCUUGGACGAAAUUGCACAAGCCCUAAACGAAUUCCUCGGGGAUGUAGCCAAAUUUGAGAGUUGGUAUGCGCAUAUAAUGGAAGUUCUCGACUCAAGGGAUCUGAACAAGCUCGACAUGUCAGAGUACGAGGCCAGGAUGGCUCAACUGAUAGAUAUGCGUGAGGAUCAACGCGGAUGCUUUGAGGAUCUCAUACGUAACGGAAAGAAUCUGAUCUCUAAAAAGGAUAUAACCGAAGCGGGCGCAAUCCGAGACAAGAUCAAGGCGCUCGAGUCUCAAUGGAAAGAACUGAAUAAUCUUCUCGAUGAGAAACAACGAUUGUGCAAAUCGAGAGCGGAACAACACACGGCCUAUGAGAAGCUGCGCGAUCAAGUACUCGAUUGGCUUACUCGUACGGAGAACAAGGUGCAAGGACUCGAGCCGGUUGCUGUAGAUUUGGACAAAUUGAAAGUACAACAGGAGGAAUUGAAACCUAUACAAAAGGAAUAUCGCGACUACGGUAACACAGUCGAUAAGAUCAACGAUCUCGGUAUUGCUUAUGACAGUUUGAUGAAGGAACGCGGGGAAAGUCCCACUCGUCGACGUGGUAGUGCUAGUCCGACGAAGAGACCAGUACUGCGAAUAUCACAAGACGGUCGCUCGCCGUCACCCACUAAAUCCUACGCAGUUCAAAGUCCGGUCUCCCCAGGUGGUAGCAGUGGAUUCAGCAGCCGCCGUUCAAGCCAAGAUGGUUUCCACCUAGAGGAAUUAUCACCCGUUCAACAGCAGCUUUCAGAAAUUAAUCAUAGAUAUGGAUUACUUGGUGUCAGACUGUCGGAUCGUCAAACGGAGUUAGAUAACAUUAAAGAUGAAUUGAAAAAACAUAUAGACCAUUUGAAAGUACUCUCUCAAUUCUUGGAUAAGAUUCAGCGACAGUUACCUAAAGAAAGUAUGCCCGCAACUAAAGACGAUGCAGACAAGACAGCCAAACAAGUUAAAGCUCUUGUGGAGGAGAUGUACGAGAAACAAUCUCUACUGGAUAGUACGCGAACGCAAGUGCGUGAUUUAGUUAGACGUAAGAAAGGAGCGUACGGUGUAGAUAGAUUGAACGACGAGAUGGAAGAUGUUGCCAGUAGAUGGAGAUCGAUUUCGGACAGAUGCAAAGAUCGAAUCAAAUUUUUGGAAGACAUUAAAGAUUUUUAUGAUACGUAUGACGGUCUUAACUCUUGGCUCGGCGCUAAAGAGCGUAUGUUGGGCGCUUUGGGACCAAUUUCGUCCGAUCCUCGUAUGGUCGCGAGUCAAGUGCAACAAGUACAAGUUUUGCGAGAGGAAUUUAGAACUCAGCAACCGCAAUUGGAUCAUUUGAUACAAGUCGGAGAAAGUAUUCUCAUCACGAUAUCCAUAGAUUCGGCAGAUGGACAGAAGAUAAAUGCAAAAUUGCAGAGCAUUUUACAAAGAUGGGCAGAUCAAAUGGGAAGAUUGGAUGAAAGAGCUCAAAGUUUGGGUGAUGCCGUUGAUACUAGUCGUGAAUUCGAUGCUAGUCUUAAUCGGCUACGAGACGCUUUGCAAGGAAUCUCAGACAAUUUGGACGAGUUGACUCUUGAAAAAGAUCCUGAAGAGCAGCUUCGUAAGAUUGAAAACUUGGAGAGACAAUUGGAAGGUCAGAGACCGUUGUUAGCGGACGUGGAGAUGGCCGGUGCACAGCUGUGCGAGGUUCUGAGUGAUCCAGCGUCAAGAUCCGAAAUUCAAGGAAAGUUAGCCACAGUCAGCAAGAUGUAUAAUAACUUGCAGAAAAAGCUAGAUCAUAGGAAAGCAGAGAUCGAAGGCAAUCUGCGAGAUGGAAGACAAUUUGAGGCCUCCUGUAGCAGAACUCUAGGAUGGCUUGCGGACGAACUUGGAAACAUGUCUGAAAAGCUGUUAGUGUCUGCUGACAGAGAAGUUUUGCAACAGCAACUUGAUCAUCAUGAACCUGUUUAUCGUAAUGUAAUGGGUAAAGAGCACGAAGUCAUAAUGCUAUUGAACAAAGGGCGCGACGUACUUGCACGAUCUCAGAAAGUUGAAAAUCGCUCGCUCCAACGUGACUUGGAUAAGAUGCAAUCGCAAUGGGAUCGUUUGAAAAAGGAUACUGUCGAAAGACACACCCGGUUGCAAACCUGUGCAGAGCAUUGCAAAAAAUAUUACAAAGCUCAAGAUGUGUUUCUUCCAUGGCUUCGACAAGCCGAGGAUAAAUUGGAUAGUUUGAUUCCCACUUCCUUUAGACGCAAGGACAUCGAGAAGCAGCUGAAGGAAUUGUCAUCAUUCAGGAAUGAAGUUUGGAAGCACUCUGGAGAAUAUGAAAAUAAUAAGAUGCUGGGCGAAACAUUUGUCGGAGCUUGCGAUAUUGAUAAACAAAACGUGAAGAAUGAGCUUAGUGCCAUGAAGACUAGAUGGGAUAAAUUAAACAAUGACUUGUUGUCUAGAACACAGUCUUUGGAAGAUACCGCACGUCAUUUAAUGGACUUCAACGAAAACUUACGCGAUUUGCAACAUGGCUUGCAACGUUGUGAAGAUAAAUUAGCUUCACACGAUGCUCUUGGCGGAGCAGCCAAAGAUCCAAAACUUCUCGACAGAAUAAAGAACUUGCGAGAGGAAACAACGAGCUUGAAGAAACCUUUGCAAUGUGUGAGACAACAGGCUAAUGAUCUUGUAAAUAAAGCUGGCGAACAGGGCGUUGAUGCGACUCAUUUACAAGACGAGAUUGAUAAUGUUACCGAUCGCAUUAAUGAUUUGCAAGCAAAACUAGAUGAUCGAUGUAACGAAUUGCAAAGUGCAGCAACAGCGGUCGCGCAAUUUAAUGAUCAAGCGAAAUUGAUUAACCAACAUUUGUCCGCUCUUGAAAAAGAUCUAGACUCCAUGAAAGCACCCGGUAGAGAAAUCAAAAUUGUACGAGGACAAUUGGAAGAUACCGCUAAGAUUGUUAGCAGAAUUAACAAACUCUAUGAAGAAAUUGGCGAUUUGGGGAAUCUUGGCGAACGUUUGGUCGAUUACGGCUUUGCUGCUGACGCUGUAGCGACGAGAAGUCAAGUUGAUGGAUUUAAACGGCAAAUUGGUAAACUGGAUGAGCGUGCGCGUACUAGAGAAGAGGAACUUACUUCUACUUUAAAUAAACUACAAGAGUUUUAUCAAUUGCACACACACAUUAUGGAAGGUAUUAGUGACGCAAAUGAACAAGUAAGAAGGUUUAAACCUGUUGGAUCCGAAGUAGACUCAAUUAAAGCUCAGCAGGAGGACUUUAGAACUCUUAAAAUCAAGAAGAUCGAACCAUUGGCGCACGCAGUUGUUGAGUGUAACGCGCUUGGUCAAAAUCUUAUACAAACUGCAGGACGAGAUGUCAAUACUAGUAAUAUUGAAAAAGAUGUCGAUAAAAUGAACGAAAGAUGGAACGACUUAAAAGACAGGCUGAAUGAGCGUGAUCGCAAGUUAGAUGUUGGAUUACUACAGUCGGGCAAGUUCCAAGAAGCAUUGGAUGGUUUAGAGAAAUGGCUGACCGAUACAGAAGAAAUGGUUUCGAACCAGAAGCCACCUUCCUCAGAUUACAAAGUCGUGAAGGCCCAACUGCAAGAACAGAAAUUCCUCAGGAAGAUGUUGCUGGACCGACAAAAUUCUAUGACAUCUCUAUACAACAUGGGAAGAGAGGUAGCUGCCGAUGCGGAUCCCAAGGAGCGUAAGGCUAUCGAGAAACAAUUGAACGAUUUAGUAGGCCGAUUUGAUAAUCUGACAGAAAGUGCCGCGGAAAGAAUGGAAGCUCUUGAGCAAGCAAUGGCAGUGGCGAAACGAUUCCAAGAUAAAUUGGUACCACUUGCUAUUUGGUUGGAUAAGACGGAGAAAAAAGUCAGGGAUAUGGAGUUAGUGCCUACCGACGAGGAAAAGAUACAGCAGCGUAUCCGCGAACAUGACAUACUACACGAGGACAUUAUAUCGAAAACACCAGAUUUCAGCGAACUCACGGAGAUAGCCAGCCAACUUAUGUCAAUGGUAGGCGAAGAUGAGGCCACCACGUUGGCUGAUAAGCUUCAAGAUGCGGCAGAUAGAUACGCGACUUUGGUCGAACGAUCUGAGGCUCUUGGUAGUUUGCUGCAACGUUCCAGACAAGGCUUACGUCAUCUGGUUCUCACGUAUCAAGACUUACAGGCAUGGAUGGAGAGUAUGGAGAUCAGAUUAUCAAAAUAUCGCAUCUUGGCUGUACAUACAGAAAAGCUCUUACAACAAAUGGAAGACCUCGCAGAUCUUACGGAAGAAGUAUCAACUCGACAAACGGAAGUCGAUAGUACUGUAGAUUCUGGUCUAGAAUUAAUGAAACACAUUUCGAGUGACGAAGCGCUUCAACUGAAGGAUAAAUUGGACUCUCUGCAACGCCGAUUUAACGAUCUUGUCUCCCGCGGUUCGGAUCUUUUGAAACAUGCUCAGGAAUCUUUACCACUGGUGCAACAAUUCCAUGAUAAUCACAAUCGUUUAAUGGAUUGGAUGCAAGGCGCGGAAACUGCUUUGCAAUCCGCUGAACCUCGCGAGGAAGAAAUUAUUCGACUCGAGAUGGAGAUAUCAGAAUACAGACCCGUUUUGGACAAGAUUAACGCGGUAGGCCCGCAGCUGUGUCAAAUGUCACCAGGAGAAGGUGCUGCAACUAUUGAAGGUCUCGUGACUAGGGACAACAGGCGAUUUGAUGCGAUUGCCGAACAGAUCCAAAGAAAAGCGGAAAGAAUUCAGUUGAGCAAACAGCGAUCCUUAGAAGUGAUUGGCGAUAUCGAUGAUUUGCUCGACUGGUUCAGAGAGGUGGAUAAUCAACUUCGAGAGGCCGAGCCGCCUAGCAGUGAACCUGAAAUUAUUAGAGUACAAUUGAAAGAACACAAAGCCCUUAAUGACGACAUAUCUAGUCAGAAGGGUAGAGUCCGUGAUGUUAUUUCGACUGCGAAGAAGGUAAUACGCGAGAAUGCUCAGCACGAAGAUACGUCUACCAUCAGAGACAAGAUGGAAGACUUGCGCGAAACAAUGGAAAUUGUAUCAGCUUUAUCAAGUGAUAGAUUGGGAGCUCUUGAACAAGCUUUACCAUUAGCGGAACAUCUUCGUGAUACCCAUGCUGGCUUGGUCAGCUGGCUUGAAGAGGCUGAACAACAAGUCGCUAUGUUACCUAUGCCCGCUUUGCGACCCGACUUGAUAGCAGCACAACAAGACAAGAAUGAGCUUCUUAUACAGAGCAUUAACGAGCAUAAACCUCUAGUGGAGAAACUUAACAAGACUGGUGAGGCGCUCAUUAAGUUGUGUAACGAGGAAGAAGGUAUAAAAGUGCAAGAUAUCCUGGAUAAUGAUAAUGCUCGCUAUGCGGCACUAAGAGCUGAGCUGAGAGGCCGGCAACAAGCGCUGGAACAGGCAUUGCAGGAAUCCUCUCAGUUCUCCGACAAACUAGAGGGCAUGCUACGUGCACUGUCUUCUACCGCUGAUCAAGUGAACGGCGCCGAACCUAUCAGUGCCCAUCCGCCUCGUUUGCGCGAUCAGAUGGAAGAGAAUGCCGCACUAGCAGAGGAUCUUGCUCAGAGAUCCGAAGCGUACGCGGCCGUCAAAAAAGCUGCAGACGACGUGAUUAGCAAAGCCGGCAACAGAGCCGAUCCGGCGGUGAAGGACAUUAAACGUAAGCUAGAUAAGCUCAACAACUUAUGGACCGACGUACAGAAGGCCACGACCGAUCGUGGUCGUACCUUGGACGACACUCUGGCCGUCGCCGAGAAAUUCUGGGCCGAGUUAAACGGAGUUAUGGCCACUCUGAGAGAACUGCAGGACGCAUUGGCUGGACAGGCACCACCGGCGGCUCAACCAGCCGCUAUUCAGCAACAACAAGUAGCCUUGCAGGAAAUUCGACAAGAGAUCGAUCAGACCAAACCGGAUGUCGAGCAGGUCCGAACAUCGGGACACGAAUUGAUGGGCUUAUGCGGCGAGCCGGAUAAACCUGAAGUGCGAAAGCACAUUGAAGAUUUGGAUCAAGCUUGGGACAACGUUACCGCUCUAUAUGCCAGACGCGAAGAGAAUCUGAUUGAUGCCAUGGAGAAAGCGAUGGAGUUCCACGAGACGCUGCAGAAUCUAUUGGAGUUCUUGCAAGAGGCCGAGGACAGAUUCGCGGAGAUGGGCCCGCUUGGCAGCGACAUCGACGAGGUCAAGAAGCAGAUUAAGCAGUUGGCCAAUUUCAAGGCCGAGGUGGAUCCACACAUGGUGAAGGUUGAAGCAUUAAACAGGAGUCUGACAAGGCAAGCGGCCGAAUUAACAGAAAGAACUUCCUCCGAACAAGCGGCAGCCAUCAAAGAACCACUCGGUGCUGUAAACAAACGCUGGGAUGGAUUGCUGAGAGGCAUGGUGGAAAGGCAGCGAUUACUGGAGAAUGCAUUAUUGCGACUCGGUCAAUUCCAGCACGCUUUGGAUGAACUAUUAGUAUGGAUCGAUAAAACUGAUAAAACGUUGAAUAAUCUUAGACCAGUGGCGGGUGAUCCACAAGUGAUCGAAGUCGAGUUGGCCAAACUGAAAGUACUAGUGAAUGAUAUACAAGCUCAUCAGACGAGCGUUGACACUCUGAACGACGCUGGACGACAGUUAAUUGAGGAUGGCAAAGGUACCGCAGAAGCGUCAACUACAGCUGACAAACUGGGCACUUUGAAUCGUCGCUGGCGAGAUCUACUCCAACGCGCUGCUGAUCGCCAACGAGAAUUGGAAGAUGCCUUACGAGAGGCUCAAUCCUUUACCGCUGAAAUACAAGACUUGCUGUCGUGGUUGGGCGACGUAGAUAAUAUGAUAGUAGCCUCUAAGCCCGUUGGCGGAUUGCCCGAGACAGCGUCUGAACAAUUAGAACGCUUUAUGGAGGUGUACAACGAGCUAGAACAAAACCGUCCAAAGGUCGAAACAGUGCUGCAACAAGGACAGGAAUAUCUGAAGAAAGCAGAUACGAGUAGUGCUGGUGGAUUAAAUCACAAUUUGCGAACGUUGAAACAAAAGUGGGACAAUGUGCUUGCACGUGCCAGCGAUAAGAAAAUAAAGUUAGAAAUUGCUCUGAAGGAAGCCACCGAAUUCCAUGAUGCGUUACAAGCUUUCGUUGAUUGGUUAACUAAUGCCGAAAAGAUUCUAACGAAUCUCAAACCAGUCUCGAGAGUCAUGGAAACCAUACUUCAACAAAUCGAGGAACACAAAGCAUUCCAAAAGGAUGUCAGCGUUCAUCGUGAAACAAUGCUGAAUCUCGACAAAAAAGGGACCCAUCUCAAAUACUUCUCUCAAAAGCAAGACGUGAUUCUUAUAAGAAACUUACUCGUGAGUGUACAACACAGAUGGGAACGAGUAGUUUCCAAAUCAGCCGAGAGAACGAGAGCUCUAGAUCACGGUUACAAGGAAGCCAGAGAGUUCCACGAUAGCUGGUCGAACCUAAUGAACUGGUUGGAUGAAACCGAGAAAACAUUAGACGAAGUUGCUACCGACGGACUUGGCGGCAAUGAUCCAGAUAAAAUUAAAUCGCGCCUCAACAGACACCGCGAGGUACAAAAAGCACUAAGUGCUAAGCAAAGCACAUACGAUAAUACCAUGAAAAACGGCAAAACAUUGAAAGACAAGGCGCCGAAGACCGAUGAACCUGCCUUAAGGGAACUUCUGAACGAGUUAAAGAACAAGUGGACAACGGUCUGCGGUAAAUGCGUGGAUCGGCAAAGAAAGUUGGAGGAAGCCUUGCUAUUCUCCGGACAAUUUAAGGACGCUAUUCAGGCGUUGUUGGAGUGGUUGAGUAAGACCGAGAAAUAUCUGGCCAAUCCCGGACCACUUUACGGUGAUUUGGAUACGGUAACUAAUUUGGUAGAACAACACAAAACCUUUGAGAGGGAUCUGGAGUCACGUGCCUCACAGAUGGAGUCCGUCAUUAAGACCGGUCAUGAACUAGAAUCUAAAGCUUCUAUUGAAGACGCAUCGAUGAUCAGAUCGCAAUUGUCCGAAUUGAAUAGUCUUUGGGACAGAGUGACGAGUCUCUCGAUAAAGAAGUCCAGAUUAUUAGAAGAAGCCAUCAGAGAAGCCGAACGACUUCACAAAGCUGUUCACGUAUUGCUAGAAUGGUUGAGCGACGCGGAAAUGAAGCUUAGAUUUGCGGGACCGCUGCCAGAAGACGAGCAGGAGAGCAGGAACCAAGUGAUGGAGCACCAGAGAUUCCUCCGCGAAUUACAGACCAAGGAAAUUGAAAAAGACAACACGUUAGAAUUGGCACACAUUAUUCUUGGAAAAGCGCAUCCCGAUGGUGCUGCGGUUAUCAAACACUGGAUCACGAUUAUUCAGUCUAGAUGGGAAGAAGUAGCGACGUGGGCCUAUCAAAGAAAUCAAAGACUGGAGAAUCAUAUGCAAGGACUACAGGAUCUUGAUAAUCUUCUCGAAGAAUUAUUAGCCUGGCUCGAAGGUUUGGAGAAUACUUUGAAUGCUUUGGAAGCGGAACCCUUGCCCGACGAUAGAGCCACGCUCGAAAUGCUUAUCGCGGAUCAUAGAGAGUUCAUGGAGAAUACCAGCCGAAGACAAAAUGAAGUUGAUCGCGUGUGCAAGGCCCGACAAAUUAAGCCGAUAAGGGACCCGAGAAAAAUAUCAAAAGUCAGAUCUCCGGCGCCUACUAAGGAUCUCUAUCAGGAUAACGAGCAUGAGCAGUCUCAGCCUCGCAAACAAAGCCGAGGCAGCCCAGGUCGUGACAGAACACCAGAUCUUUCAUUGCCACACAUCGGUCCACGCUUCCCACCCAAAGGAAGCAGCAAAGGAGCCGAACCAGAAUUCCGUAGCCCGAGAGUUAAGCUUCUUUGGGAUAAGUGGCGUCACGUUUGGAUGCUGGCGUGGGAACGACAACGUCGUCUGCAGGAUAAAUAUAAUUAUAUUCAGGAAUUAGAACGCGUCGCCAACUUUAGCUGGGAAGAUUGGCGCAAACGGUUCCUGAAAUUCAUGAAUCACAAGAAAUCUAGAUUGACAGAUCUGUUCAGGAAAAUGGAUAAGAAUAAUGAUGGACUUAUACCGAGGGAGGACUUCAUUCAAGGAAUUAUGAACACCAAAUUCGAAACCUCUCGUUUGGAAAUGGGUGCUGUUGCUGAUCUUUUCGAUCGUCAUGGCGAAGGCUUGAUAGAUUGGAAGGAGUUCAUUGCUGCUCUACGGCCCGACUGGGAGGAACGACGACCCUACAACGAUACAGACAAGAUACACGACGAAGUUAAACGACUGGUCAUGCUGUGCACCUGUCGCCAGAAAUUCCGAGUUUUCCAAGUUGGCGAAGGAAAAUAUAGGUUUGGUGACAGUCAAAAGUUGCGAUUAGUUCGAAUCCUGCGCUCUACUGUCAUGGUACGCGUUGGUGGAGGCUGGGUAGCGUUAGACGAAUUCCUUUUGAAGAACGAUCCAUGUCGCGUUUUUCUAAUGCCAAUACCGGAUCCUAACAAACCGGAACAACAUGAGGGUUGGUGUCCGCUCGCCAAGGGAAGAACGAAUAUUGAGCUGCGGGAACAAUUUAUACUGGCGGACGGCGUUAGCCAAACUAUGACGGCCUUCCGGUCCAAGCCGAGUCCGACCUCGACACUCCAGCGUACGCAAAUGUCUUCCUCCAAUGCUGGACCGAUCACUAAGGUGAGAGAACGUAGUGCUCGUAGCGUACCUAUGGGUCAAUCGCGAGCUUCGCGCUCAUCCUUGAGCGCCGGCACGCCCGACAGCCUUAGCGACAACGAAAGUUCCUUCAAGACAUCUGUUAGAAAAACCAGCACGCCUUACAGAUCUACCGUAACGCCUGGUGGUAGCCGUCCAUCCAGCAGACCAACAUCAAGACCUGCCUCCCGACCAGCCAGUAGACCGAGUAGCCGGCCUGCGUCGAGACAAGGAAGUAAACCGCCUAGUCGAUAUGGAUCAACACAGUCUUUGGAUGAUGACUCGUCUACCCCAAGUCGCAUUCCGCGAAGGACCAUCGUAGGUUCCGGUAAUACCCCAACCUCCAGUAGACACAAUAGCAUAUCCGGUAGGAAACUUACAACCCCGAUGAACGGCUCGAGCUCUCGACCUCGCACUCCAACGGGAUUAAUUAGCCCCGCCAGUGGAGUGCCCUCCAGGUUUGGCUCAAUCCAUAGAGCUUCGAGUAUUCCAACCCUGACUGGUGUCGGAACACCUAUCAGCCGCUCUAGGAUACCCGUGUAUGUGGGGGUGGAUAUAAAAUCUCCUCAGUCGACCACCAGCAAUAUGUCGACUCAUUCAACACAAAGCAACCAUUCUACAAUUUCUACUGAUUCUACUGGGAGCAGUUCCCUGUGUACCAAUUCAGCAACUAACAUACCAACAGCCAUUAAGCAAGCUAGGGUACGUACACCGUCCAGUGGAUCCAGCACACCACUACCACCGUCUUCGAAAUUAUCGAGAAAACCCUCCGGAGCUUCUGACACAUCCGUGCCGGGAACGACUUCGAGUACGCGAAGGGGGAAACCCACAUCGAUCGAACAGCGCGCGCCGUUCCGAUUGUAAUAGCUUAUUAACGAAUACAUAUGGCUUGUAAAAAUUAGCGUAUUAUAUGCUCGAACGAGAAUAAAUAUAAAAUAUCCCCGCUGCAAAUUUAAGAAUGAACGGUAUUACAGGGAACAUACAGAAUAUAGAUUAUUGUUGUGGUAUGAUGAGAGAGAAGAGCGCGUGGAAUAUGCGAAUGCUAAAUUUGACUGGAUCAAAAUUCCGUAGAAGACAAAUGACGAAUCUAGAAUUUUUAUUCAUUUCAUUGAAUUCCGCCAAGUACCGAAUGCCAUUAAAAUUACGGAUACCAAUGAGUAUUUCGUGCUCUCUUAGGAUAAGGGAUUAUAAAUCAAGUUGGGGAAAUUUAUUUAUUUCGUGCUCGCGUUAGAAAGUGCUUAAAGCCUCUAUCUAGUUUAUAAUAACACAUAAAAGUGAAAUAAAUUAUUGUUAUAAAUAAUUAAUAUUGCCGAAAAAUUAGUAUUACCGAAAGUGCAGGGUAAUGCUGUAUAAUUGAAAAUACUUAGGUGAGAUGUAACAAUAUCUUCGCCGCGACUUUCUCGAUAAGGACAAUACUACUAAAAAGAUUUUUAGCGUAAAAAAAAGCGUUAUAUGUAUUAUAAUUACGCUUAUGUUUGAUAUAUAUAACUAGAUGCCUGUGUAAAAUCACUUUUAUAUAAUUUAAUGUAAUUUGCUCUUGUAUUUACGUGAUUUAUACAUCACGUAUAACCAUCAAGUUUUCUCAGUGAAGAUUUUUGAGCUAUAUUUGAGCAAAUUGUAUACACAGAAACAUUAAUUUAUUUAAUACUUUUUGCUUGACUUAUUGUAUUUCGUCGUAUGAUAUAAUUAACAUUUAAUUCGCAUUUGUUAGAGAAAAAAAAUUUAUGCGAUUUUAGAUUAUGAUAUAGAUUGUGAAUCGACAUUCUUUUUUGUUAUCCGUUUCGCAAAUUGCACCUAUUCAUUUAAUUAUAUACUUG